CGAGGGCCUUCCUUUUUGUUCCUUUUUUUUUCUUCUUUUUUAGUAAAUUGACCGGACGACCACGUCCUGGUCCUGUUCCUAAAAUCAUCACAGCGUAGACGCGACAGAUGCUGCACCACUGCACAUAAUUACCAGACCAUAGCGCCGUCGUUCAACAGUUCUCCUGGCAACAAGGUCACGCGUCAACGAACCCCGCAGAUAUGGACAGCGACAAGAACAGGCUGGUCGGAGGAGGGGCGGCGGACGCCGUCAAAGCCGCUCGGCCAAUUAUUUACGAGCAUAACGGCGUCACGGUGGACAGGGACGCCUACAUUCACAUCCUCGAGGAGCAGGUAAAGAGUCUGAGGGCCGACGUGAAAUACCUCGAGUCCAAAACGACCAUGUCCGAGGAUGGGGUUACCGGCGCACCAACCCCAAAGAUCAUGUACGUGCCGCCGGGCCAGUGGCGGCGCGUCAAGAAGGAUUUCGGCCUGGUCGCGAACGCAGGCACGCUGCUCGUUUCGGGCAUGAACAGCGCCGACGAGAACGACAUGAGGCACUCGGGCCGUCACGAUCGACUUGCCAUCAACUCAAGCCUACUACUGGGGCUCAUUUCGGACAUUGUUGGCGAGCCGCUGAGUGAUCACCGUAACGUGUGGGUGUGGCCCUACAAGUAUCUCGUCGUGUGCGAGCCCCAGAUCAGGAAGAAAUUAGGCGAGCUUGAGCAAGAGUGCACGGCAGACCAAGCCGCCGCUGGUGAGACCCGCGUUGGCGAGAAUGGAGAGGAUAAACAGGUGCAAGAGCGGCAGCAGCAGCAGCAGGACUCGGAGAGCGCCAGAAAGUCGGGACCGUCCGAGGCCAUGGUGCGGCGCCGACUUUGCGAAGAGCUCCGGCUCGUCGUUGAGUUCAUGGAUUCGCAAAUGUCGGGCAUAUUCUCCUUGCGACGACAGAUUGAGGACUUGUCCCUGAAAAGGAUCUCUUUUGGGUUUCUGUGGCACCUAUACAAGCCUGGAGAUGUGCUCAUAAACAAAGCCGGCAAGGAGAACCAGGAUAAACUCCAGGCCUUUGUGGUACUUCACGUCACCGGCGGCCGCGCCGCGCGCGACCGAUCGCAGCGGCUCCGCCCCGAUGUUGACUGGGACUCCAACUCGGAAACGGAACACAAGAAUCUCGCGCUGGCCAAGUCGAUAAGCCGCAUGACACCGCUCAUUCUCGACUGUGCGUACAUCGACUCGGACGGAGACCUCGUGGGGCCGCGGCCGAGGAGGUUCGUAUUCCCAGAGUAUCCCGGGGAGGUCGAUAUCGUGUCGCUCGACGCCUACCCCCUGGCUUUCGACAGCGAGAAGGACAGGCUCCUCGGCCAUUUGGUCCGGAGGGGCAGGCGCUUCCUGUCCGUCCUCGACGGCGCGCACCUCCACUAUCGAGGCACCAGCCUGCGCGAGUUCCAGGGCCAGAAAGGAAACAGGUUUCGCGAUUACUUUGAGAGCAACCCUGAAGAUGUCGACAGCGAGGUCAUGGUGGACCAAGCAGCCGGCAUAGACCAUUACAAGCAGACCGAGGCAUUCAAAUUCUCCCUGGGUGGAGGUGUCGUGGCGAGGCCAACGCCCGCCAACGAGAGCGAGGUUGCCGAUUAUGUUCCCCAGAAAGGGUACGGAAUCUACUUCGAGAGCGACGUUUUCGACGACUCGGCCAUCGAUGUAGACCGCAGAGCCCAGUUUGUCGCCGAGACGGACUUGUUGAGGACCGUGUCCGUCAAGCAUUUGGGGCAGCUCGAGCUGCGCGAUGACUACUACGCCCUCAUGCCCCCCCGCGUCUACGGUUACGCGAUGCUCAACCGCAAGUGGCUUCCGCUCAAGAUAGACAGCCUACGUAACCUCGACGAGGUCAACGGGGAGCCUGGGUUCCGCAAGACGCGCUUCGAGGACCUCGUACUUCCCCGGGGUCACAAGAAGCUCCUCCAGGCGCUGGUCAAGCAGCACACGAGCGCCGGCGACGAGACGGUGCCCCCCGGCAAGGAAUUCUCAAUGGACAUUGUCUACAGAAAAGGCAAGGGCCUGGUGAUCCUCCUGCACGGCCCGCCGGGGGUGGGCAAGACGUCCACGGCCGAGUGCGUGGCCGCCGAGCUGGGGAGGCCUCUGCUGCCCAUCACGUGUGGCGACUUGGGCGGAGACUCGAGGAACAUGGAGAAGAGCCUCGAGAAGUUCUGCCGUCUGGCGGAGAAGUGGCGGUGCGUGAUGCUGCUCGACGAGGCGGACGUGUUCCUGGGCAAGCGGGAGCGGGGCGACGUCGUGCGCAACAGCCACGUGGCCGUCUUCCUGCGCGUCCUCGAGUACUACCCGGGCGUGCUCGUGCUGACGUCGAACCGCGUGGGCGAGCUGGACGAGGCGUUCCGGUCGCGCAUCCACGUGUGCCUCUUCUACCCCAAGCUCGACAUCGACUCGUCCCGCCGCAUCUGGCACAAGAACCUGGCGCGCAUCCGCUCGUCGGCCGGCGACCUGGAGAUGGACGAGGACGAGAUCACGCGCUUCUACGAGCGGCAGUGGAAGGAGAACCAGAGCUCGCAGCGGCUGCGCAUCUGGAACGGCCGCGACAUCCGCAACGCCUUCCAGACGGCGCUCGCGCUCGCGCAGUACGAGUUCUUCGAGGCCCGCAGGGACCCGGAUAUCGACAUGCCCCGGCCCGUCCUGCGCGCCGACCACUUUGAGCGCGUCGGCAGCACGAGCGCCUUCUUCGACCAGUACAUCGGCAACAUGCACGGCAUCGACGGCGACGACCCCUACAGCGUCAUGGCCGAGCGCGAGUCCGUCCGCAAGGACACGAUGCCCAACUUUGCCUUUUCCCGCCAGCCCAGCUGGAAGCUCAAGGCGGACGCCAGGGCAAAACGGUCAGCGAACCAGAGGAGGAUCGAUGCGCUGCUGGAAAGCUCCCAGUCUGAGGACGAGGACAGCGAUGCCGACUCGAACCUGGAAGAGCAGAUGGAGAGGCUGAAACUGGAGAUCAAGAUGAACAAGCUCAAGAAGAAGGCCAAGGACUGGAAAGCCACGGGCUCAUGAGCGAUAUAUACACAUAAAAACAUUCGAAGCAUUUCUGCGGGCGAUAUAUCAUUCAUUCAAGCUAGUUCGGCAACAGUAGCCGUCAGUCUGGGCUCCAAUGUCUGCAUGGACAUCGACGUCAAUUCUUGGACUGUUGACAAAAUCUUCGACAUGUCAACUGGCCUCGCCCCGCUCGACUGGAGCCGUGACGCCGGCUACAACGCCUGCGGAAUCCGGCUACGUCUUGGACCACGCCUCCUAGACUCUGAUCUUGUCCACCAUGGUCUUGACACGGUAGACUCCAUCGUGGCCCCAGAUGGAAAAUGUGUCAAAACACUGUUCCCGAAAGUCCCGGCUUUUGGCAUCAUGACGUACAGUUAUCAAAUAACAUUUAGGCCAGUACUUUCCCGAUGGCGAGUCUUCGUCCUGUCAUACAAUACGUGCUUCUGCAUAAGGGAACUUCUUGCUUAUUUCCCAGAGCAGCUUCCCUGCCUUACAUCCGUCUCGCCCUCCAGCUCGUCCAGCUUCAUUUCCAUCGUAGCCAAUCUGUGGCGGCAUGUUCUGGUUCGGCUGGGCGUAGUACUGCUGCUGAGGCUGUGGCUGCAGGUAGGUCUGACCUCCGACUCCAGGUGCCUGCGCCUGUCCCAUCGCGUCGUUGUACGUGGUCGUGGACCCCUGCAUAGGAGCGGCAGAUCCAGCAGC